AUGUUACGCGAAGGAAACGGCGGCUGUGAUUACGUGGCAUACGUGGACACGUUCGAUAUGGAGCUGAGCAAUGCUGAGGUGGCGGGGCUCUGCUCGGAGUUCGUCCAAGCUGGCUCCCACACCACCUCCGUUACCCUGCAAUUCUUGCUCGCCAACCUCGCAAAUUGUCCGCAACUGCAAGAGAAGGUACACGUUAACAUCGUGGGCGUCGUGGGGGAAUCAGCCGCCGAAGUGGAGGACGUGGAGAAGAUGGAGUACGUGGAGGCGGUGGUGAUGGAGACUUUGCGGUGGCACAUUCCGGGCUACUUUGCCCUUGCGUACACUGCCAUGCAAGAUUGCACUCUUGGCGGCUGGCACGUGCCCGCCGACGCCAUCAUGAACUUGUACACAGAAGGGAUGACGAAGGACCCCAGGCAGGAGGAUGUGUCCCGGUUUGGAAUUGGCCAUGACCAUUUGAGGAUCAUUGCUAUUCGUUUGGUGCAGGCCUUCCAAUGGCAGUGCAUUGAUGACAAGCCGAUUGAGCUGUCUGAAAUGGAUGAGUUUGUGGAAGUUAUGGCCUCUCCUGUGCGUUCUCUCAGGAAGCCUUUCAAAGUCAUGGCCAUUCCCAGACUUUGA